CAUCGAAGAGUAGGCCAACCCUUUACUGGUGAUUUUUAACUAGUAACUUUUCGGUAACAGAUUGCUCAAAAUUCAAACAAAAUUUUUGUCGAAAAUCAAAACAUGGCAAACUUGUCUGAGAAAAAAUCUAAGAUCACAACCAAAUACACCAAUCACACAACUGUUGGUCACAAAAAUCAUGACAUCACCUUUAAGAAACUUCCGAUGUACUCGUUCCCGAAAGGUGAAAAGACGAAACCUAAAGCUUUUGGUCCGGGCCCAGCUGCUUAUCCGCAAAUCGAUGAUAGACAACAGCACAAAGAUCAAUCAUUUUAUCAGAAUGACCAAUCAUUAAAGUCUACUUUUGGUGCUCGAAGAUUUUUGGAAAAUCAGCUGAUCAAUCCGGGACCAGCAGCUUAUCCACUUCUUGAUGAUAGUAACGAAAUGUAUUUUAAUGACAAACUACCGAUCAAUGGAUUGAAUAUACCGAAGAGAGCGAACAAGUUCUCUUUCGGUAGAGCGACAAAACCACUGAAACCAUCAAUCCAUACCGAACCAGCUCUGUAUCCUUCAGUCGGUAAAUCGAUUUUACCGAUUGAAGAAAAGAAUAGGUUCACAUUUGCUGGCCGUCCAAAACCAUUGAAGCCAAAGUUCGAAACACCUGGACCGAAUGCGUAUCCGAAAUUCGAGCGCGAGAAGACAAAUUCAAUCCAUCCCAACGAAACCAGACUAAAACCGACAAUGCGGAUACCGCACAAAGAUGUCUUCAAAUCGAAUUCACCACCACCGAACACGUAUCCGAGACUAACCGUUAGGGGGCCAUAUGAUCCGAAAAUUUUUAGUAAAAUGAUCAGUGGACCCAAUGCGCCGGCGUAUUCAAUCAGACGAAGACUUGACUGAAACGAUUUUUUUUUUCAAUUUGGAAAUUUAUUUUACUUUUAAAUAAACCGAGAAGUUAGGCCA